UGUGUAAACCUGCAAGCCACGUCUUUCAAAACAAAAUGGAUGAACAGGAUAUAGCUCAACUUGAGCUCCUGUGCAAGCAACUUUAUGAAGCAACGGACACARCAUCUAGAAAAAAUGCAGAAAAGGCUCUCGUGAACUUCACGAGUUCUCCAGACUGUCUGACAAAAUGUCAGUUUCUCUUGGAAAGAGGAAAUUCUCCGUACUCAUUGCUGCUUGCAGCAUCAUCUUUAACAAGGCUCAUAAGUAGAAACACUGCAUUACCAGUAGAACAGAGACUUGAUAUCCGGAAUUAUGUUUUAAAUUACUUGAUUACAAGACCCAAACUUGCAACAUUUGURUCUCAGGCAUUAAUUCAGCUGUUAGCUAGAUUAACSAAGUUAAGUUGGUUUGACACACACAAGACYACCCUUGUAUUUAGAACUAUAACAGAUGAUGUGGGUAAAUUUCUCCAGAGCAAUGUUGAUCACUGCAUACUUGGUGUACAAAUUUUAUCCCAGCUUGUUUGUGAAAUGAACCAGUCUGACACAACGAGAUCAUUAACCAAACAUAGAAAGAUUGCAUCAUCAUUCAGAGACACGUCAUUGUUUGAUAUAUUCAAUCUGUCAAUCACAUUACUACGUCAGGCAUAUAGUGAGCAGCUUAAUUUGCAGAAUGAGAGUCAACACUCCCUUAUGAACCAACUGCUGCAGUUAACAGUAAAUUGUCUUACAUUUGACUUUAUUGGYACAUCUAUGGAUGAAUCAUCUGAUGAUUUGGGAACAGUACAAAUCCCUACAAGCUGGCGAGGAGCUUUCUUGGAUUUUACUACGUUGCAGUUGUUUUUCAACCUCUUCAGAGCUCUACCUUCUUCUCUGUCACCUAUGGCCUUAUCCUGUCUUGUCCAAUUAGCAUCAGUAAGACGAUCUUUGUUCAACAACACUGAGAGGUCAAAGUUCCUAGAGCAGCUAGUCCAAGGUGUCAAGGCUGUAAUGGAAGAACCYCAGCUUCUUUCUCAUCCUAAUAACUAUCAUGAGUUUUGCAGACUACUUGCCAGACUCAAGUCUAACUACCAACUCAGUGAGCUGGUGAAGGUUGAGGGAUAUACAGAAUUUAUUGCUUUGAUUGCAAAGUUUACAGUUACAGGAUGCUUACAGAUGUGGCAGUUUCCACCAAACAGUAUUCACUAUCUUCUUAGUCUUUGGCAAAGAAUGGUUGCAUCUAUGCCUUAUGUCAAGAGCACAGAACCUCAUUUAUUGGAAACUUAUACACCUGAAGUUACCAAAGCAUACAUCACCUCUAGACUGGCAUCAGUGGAAGUUGUCGUAAGAGAGGGAGCAGAUGAUCCUCUUGAAGAUACAAGCACUGUACAACAACAAUUAGACCAACUUUCUACCAUUGGACGCUGUGAAUAUGAGAAGACGUGCACUCUUUUAAUCUCAUUAUUUGACCAAGCAGCUCAGAAUUACCAAGAAUUAAUGAGCAACUCAAGUGCAAUUAGAAAUGAUAUUACUAUACAGGAAGGAAGACUAACAUGGUUGGUAUACAUCAUUGGAUCAGUGAUUGGUGGAAGAGUGACAUAUGCUACAGUAGAUGAAUAUGAUGCACUGGACGGAGAACUUGUUUGCAGAGUUCUUCAACUGAUGAACUUGACAGAUUCUCACUUAACUCAAAGAGGGAGUGAAAAGCUAGAACUUGCAAUUUUAAGCUUUUUUGAACAGUUCAGAAAAAUAUAUGUUGGUGAUCAAGCACAGAAAACAUCUAAGGUUUAUAGAAGACUGUCAGAAAGACUUGGGCUGCAUGAUGAAUCUUUAGUUCUGAGUGUAUUUAUAGGAAAAAUAAUAACAAACAUGAAAUACUGGGGCAGCAGUGAGACCAUCACAUCCAAGACUCUACAACUCUUAAGUGAUCUAUCUGUUGGAUACUCCAGUGUUAGAAAACUUAUUAAACUUGAAGCUGUUCAAUUCAUACUCAGCAAUCAUACGAAUGAACACUUUCCAUUUCUUGGAAUACAAAAUGGAAGACCGUAUUSUGACAUGAGAUGUAGGACAACAUUUUACAUAGCACUAGGAAGGUUGCUAAUGGUUGACCUUGGUGAAGAUGAGGAGAAGUUUGAACAAUUUAUGGCUCCUAUAACUACUGCAAUUGAGUCAGURGCUGCUCAACUUACUAGUGGUGGAAGCAUUGCAUUUCAAGUAGAGGAAACCAAGAGGACAUUGGUAGGCUUAUGUCGAGAUGUUCGUGGACUUGCAUUUGCAUUUAACAGUAAAUGCAGCUAUAUGAUGCUCUUUGAUUGGAUCUACCCAACUUACAUGCAAGUGCUGCUACGUGCUAUUGAGCUGUGGUAUCAUGACCCUAACGUCACCACACCUGUUCUUAAACUAAUGACAGAACUAGUACAAAAUAGACAGCAAAGACUACAGUUUGAUGUCUCAUCACCUAAUGGCAUUCUUCUGUUCAGAGAAGCCAGUAAAAUUAUCUCAACUUAUGGGUCCAGAGUGCUAACACAAACAGACACUCCAGAUGACCAGUUAUAUCCAAUGAAAUUGAAGGGUAUCUCAGUGUGUUUCUCCAUGCUGAAAGCAGCAUUAUGUGGUGGUUAUGUAAACUUUGGAGUGUUCAGUCUAUAUGGAGACAGUGCAUUAGAGAAUGCACUCAAUACAUUUGUAAAAUUACUGCUGGCUAUUCCUCGUAGUGAUCUCCUGGAAUAUCCUAAAGUAAGCCAGUCAUAUUAUGCACUGUUGGAAAUUCUAGCUCAGGAUCACAUGAGAUUUCUUAGUAGACUGGAACCACAGGUCUUCAUGUACAUAUUAUCUUCCAUAUUGGAAGGAUUAACUGCUUUAGAUAUUAUGGUCUGUACAGGCUGCUGUGGUACCCUAGAUUAUAUUGUUACKUUUCUAUUCAAAACUCUAUCAAAACGAAGAAAAAAGAAUGCGCAAGGGAUGAAUGAAGCACCAUCUUGUCUGGGUGUCCUGGAAUCCAACCCAGAAAUWUUACAGCAGAUGUUGUCAACUGUAUUAAAUAUAAUCAUGUUUGAAGACUGUAGAAACCAGUGGUCCAUGUCCAGGCCCUUAUUAGGUCUUAUUCUACUGAAUGAAGAGUAUUUUAGUGAAUUAGAACAAAGUGUUAUAUCCCUUCAAACACCUGCCGAUAAGCAAGAAGAUAUGAGACAGUGCUUUAGAAAUCUUAUGGAGGGAGUUGAGAGAUCGCUGAUUGUUAAGAACAGAGACAGAUUCACCCAGAAUUUGUCAAUAUUUCGACGUGAUGUAUACAAUUCGUUGAAAACACCAAAUGUAACUGUAAACGUUGCGACAGGGAGUGACAUGGUUGGCUAAUGUGUUCCAUGCAAUGCAAACAACUUGGUCAGCUCACUUCAGGUAUGGGAAUGGUUCAAAAUCCAGGAAAAGUGAAACACUACAGGAAAAGCCCUGCAACACUCAACAGGGCUAACCUGUCACAGCGAGAAUCUUCAAUGACAAAGAAAAGUAAGAAUUAUUAGUAUUCAUGUAGCUCCUGAGACAUUAAUUUCAUGCAGACAGAAACUCUUGUAAACACUGAAAACUCUGAUAGCUAAAGUAGUUCUGAGACAAGCUAGAUGGAUUUUGUUGAAUUAAUCUAAGUUUUAAAGAUAUAUCAAAAUACAAACAACCCUUUGUCUUCCCAUAAUUGYCAUUUAACAGAGAGACGUAAAGUGUUACUAUUAUUUGAUACAGUAUCAUAGUGAUGGGUUGUAAAAACUGAGGAAUGAUCUCCAAUAAAAGGUUUAUAUUUUCUAA